AUGAUCACUGGCAGAAUAAGCGAGGCUGCAGAGCCGCAGCUGCAGAUCGUAGACCUGCAGCUGCAGCGCAUCAGGCAGCACCAGCGCCUGCUGGCAGAGCAGGAGCAGCUGCUGCUGCACGAGAAGACACUUUAUGCUGACCGGCAUCAUUGUUCGCCUGGCGGUCAGUUGACACACUUCUCCACGAGCGACUCAGACACCCUCUACUCACACGCUCCCUCGAGCAGCGUGUCUUCCAGUGGGUCUCCAUCAUCAAGUUAUUCCAGUGGCAAACACACUUCACGUAUAAUAAUAAAAUCCUGCCCUCCUCCGCCACCACUUCGGUCAGGGUCACACGGCUUGGACGGAAUCAGUUCAUUGGACUUGAAGUCUUCGUGUCAUCAAGGUUGCUCAAGAGCAUUGUCCAGUCAAGCGUGCUGCGAUAGUCCCCCUAAGUCUCGUGAGUGCAGUCGCUGCCGUGUCUCGUCACAUCGUCAGUCUCCUCCUUCAUCACCAUCCAGCAGCAGCGGCGUGUCGUGCUCGUCUCAUACUCUACAAUCUUCGUCUACGGUCUGUCGGUCUAAGAGCUUCGACGCACUGUCGUCGCAUUUACACGACGAUUCCUCAGCUUGGGACUGUGUGUCGUCCUGCGAUUCUAAACCUUAUUGCAACACAACGCAGUCACAAAAAGGCAACGGCAACAUCCCACCAGCCCCACCUGCGCUUAACGGAUUGAACUUUUCUCGCCCGUCCACCCUCCUCAAGAUGAGCGACAACGGCUCCGGGUUUGCGACCCCAGACGCUGAACACCGAACCAACCUCGCAGCGGCGCUCUCGGAUGUCGUCAGCAGACGCAACGCUGAGCUCUCAUCUGACGCGGCAGACGAAGGCGAACGCGCUUUAGCCUUCGAAGCUAAAAUCGAUGCCCUGAAGCGCGAGAAGCCGCCUGCGGUCAACCCUAAAAGGCUGCAGCAUGAAAAGUUAAUGGAAGAGUUGAAGCAGAAGCGCAGUCAAUUAUUCGAUGGAGAGGACCGCACCAGAUCCAUCUCGCCGACGUCAUCUACCUCUAGUGAAGUACGGUAUUUCGGCGCCGCUUCCUCAAAAGUCCCAAGUUCCACCAGCAAUGGGACAACUGUCGUGUUAAAUACUUCCACACAACCAAAGACGUCCCCUACUUCUACGGAAGUACGAAAUUUUGGUAGCACUGCCUCUAAAGCCCCAGGUUCUUCCAACGCUGGACCAAAGAUCGCUCCAAACACCUUGGCACAACAAGGGAACACCAAGAAAUCGACCUCUUUUGUAUUGAAGCCCGUCAAGCAAGUAGAAAUCGUAGAGAAAAGCGUUCCCAAGCCCGCUAAUAGUGAGCCAAUUUCUUCUAAAAUUGUAAAUAGAUCAUCGACUACCGUACAAACCCGUACGCAAACAGAGACUGUUGCUCUUAAUCGUCCUCAGGAGAAAAGUGUCAGUGAUGACGUCAUGAAUGGUGAUGACGUGAGCAGCGCUCGUCAUUUCUGGAAGAAGCAAGAGAAUGUGAAGAAACCUUCGUCUGUGCCGAAUAGACCCAAAGGCAAAGCAGUCCUGCAAGCAACUGCGUCGUUUUCUGGCUUGAAAAGUACCGUUGAAAGUUCAUCUUCUUCUCCGGAGAAUAAAUCAAGUCCGUUCCCAGUCCUAUUGAAAAGUAUCAAUGCGACUCCGACCAUCGAAGAAGACGUGGAAAGUUCAGAACCUCAGUCAACAUCAACAUCGCAGCUCAUCAAAAACUUCAACAAAAUCGCUUCCUCGGCCCCGACUAAAACCGCACCUGAAAAGCCAAAAGCUGUUAUCAUCAAAACAAAUACCACAACUUCCGAGGAGGUUAAACGCAACACUUUGGUCAUGACUUCUGGGCCAUCCAUUGACAGAACGCCGAAGCUCGUUUCCACUCAGGUAUCCUCCACUUACACAAUAAUUCCACCCCCUCCUUCUCCCUCUCCUCCAGCCAUCAAUGAUUUUUCGAAAGAAAUAAACCAUCAAAUUUUCCACAAACCCUCUUCGUAUUCUAAUUCAGGUAACACGUCUAAAGUUUAUGUUUCAAUCAACGGUAACGACUUUGAGUCGCCAAAUUCUAAUUACACGUUUGACAUGCAGUCGGAUACCAUCCAUUCAAAGUCAAAUAGCACUACUUCAUAUGCUAACAGUCACUUUUCCAAACCUGAUAUUGAUUAUUCUGAAAUACCAUUUUCUGAAUUACCACCUCUUCACUCUACCAACUUAGACUUGACUAUUCGUAACGUCUCUCCUUCUGAAUUGAUUAUUCCCGAGCCUCCAAGUUCCACUGCUGUUUUAAGUCCAUCCGAAAUUCCCAGAGGAGUGCCUCCCCCACCUUCGAGUGGUGACAGUUGGAGCGAACGUUUCGAAAGUCGCUUGCAUCCCGCUGACAGCAGCACUGCUGCUGGUGCUCCGCGACCGGACAUGGGGCGCUCCGUGUCCACCGAAUACAAGAACAUCUUCACCAAGAUCGACGCGAGCGGUAACAAGCCGCUGGUCUCCAUCAAUACAUACGGAUCAUGAAUAUUUUAAUGCUCUUGUAAUGAAUGCAACUGAUCGCUCCUCAGAUGGUGUAUGCUUGUUGUUAAUGUACUAAAGAUCGUAGAUUU